UGGAUUUUUAAAAAAAUUGUGUGUAGCAGAUAGUUUGGUGACAUUUUCAAGGAGUGAGUCAAGGGAGGGAUGUGGCCUAGUCUAGCUGUCGUAGCUGUCCUUAUAUUAGCCAGGACCACACAGGGAGGAGAUGAUAAAGGAAAAGCCGAAGGGAGUGUAUCUAAGAGAGAGGAUUCCGAUCAGAUAGCCCUCGAGACCGGACAUGUGGGCGGCGUGGGAAACGGCGGAUAUCACGAGCAAUGGCCUGCUCCACAGCCGGAACUUCCAGUGAUCACUUCGCUGGACGUCAAGUGCGAGAAGAACAGCAUGAAAGUGUUUAUCGGCUUCGACAAACCCUUUUAUGGAAUUGUGUUCAGCAAGGGCCAUUACAGCAACGCCAAUUGCGUCCACCUUCCCUCCGGGCUUGGUAGGUCGCAGGCGAGCUUCGAGAUCGGCAUCCACUCGUGCGGCACUGCAGGCAACACUGAAAAUGGCCUGUACGGCUAUGGCGCUGAUUCAGGCUCUGGAACAUACUUCGAGAACAUCAUCGUCGUCCAAUACGACCCGCAGGUGCAAGAGGUCUGGGACCAGGCGAGGAAGCUACGCUGCACGUGGCACGACCAGUACGAAAAGUCCGUCACCUUCCGGCCGUUCCCGGUCGACAUGUUAGACGUGGUCAGAGCGGACUUCGCCGGAGACAACGUAGGCUGCUGGAUGCAGAUUCAGGUCGGCAAAGGACCCUGGGCCUCAGAGGUGUCCGGCCUGGUCAAAAUCGGACAGACCAUGACUAUGGUUCUCGCCAUAAAAGACGACGACUCCAAAUUUGACAUGCUCGUCAGGAACUGUGUGGCUCACGAUGGAAAACGAGCUCCGAUCCAAUUGGUCGACAGGAGAGGAUGUGUCACCAGGCCCAAAUUAAUGUCAAGGUUCACAAAGAUCAAAAACUUCGGUGCCAGUGCGAGUGUACUUUCUUAUGCCCAUUUCCAGGCGUUCAAGUUCCCGGAUUCGAUGGAAGUGCAUUUUCAGUGUACCAUACAAAUUUGCAGAUACCAGUGUCCAGAGCAAUGUUCCGAGCAGACCGAACACCACGAAACCGGUUCUAUCGACGUGGUGCACCUGAGAGACGAGCGGGCGCCGACUUGGUACAAGAGGGCCCGGCGUUCAAUAGGACAGGAAGUGGGCGUGAACAGGGUCAUCAAAGUCGUCUCGACCGGUGAUCUGACCUUCCCAUUAGACGACAACAGCAACACGACAUCCACGCUCGUUUUCCCGGUGGCAACGGAAGCAGGUGUGAUCUGCAUGACGACGCCCGGUUUCGCUGCUACGCUCAUCGUACUCCUCGGCAUCCUCCUCGCCUCUUCGCUCUUCUCCGCCCUUCUCUGCAUGAGGCUCAAGCCCAAAAUGACCAAGUGCUAACCUCGAGCUUAAAUCCUGGUCGCCUUACGGAAAAGGACGGGAACGAACUGUUACCACGGUCGUUAUUUUAUGAUCCGAUUUUCUUUUCUUAUGUGUUUUGUAUGCGAUUUGGCAGUGGCCCGUUCGACUUCUACAAAGGAAUAUUUGCGCGACGGGGUCAAAUCACCUUUUUGAAAAAAGAUAUCACAAAUAUAAUAAUCAAAACUUAAAAACUUCAUUCAAUAAAAGUUGUAAUAUCAGGUAGCACCAUUAAGGUAAAAAUCGUUGAAACUAAUAUUAAACGUUAAACAAUAAGAAAUUUGUCAUUUUCCAAACUCUGUAAAUAACCAAGUAUGGCCCUUAAAUGAUAAGUAUCCUUUAAAUUAAUAUAAUAUGAAUAAAAGAAAAAACACAAACAUAGUUUGCA